AUGAAUGAAUUAAUGAAUUAUUCUUCUGAUAUUAUGUACUUAUCGUUGGAAGGCCAUGUGGAUUUAGAGAAAUACAGAUAUGUCUAUUUUGUAUUUGUUGUAACACUCUACCUGAUGAUCAUAAGUUGUAAUGGUCUUGUCAUUUAUAUCAUAUUUACAAACAAAAGUCUCCAUGAGCCCAUGUACAUUUUCAUUGCAGCUUUGCUUUGUAAUGAUCUUUUCGGGUCAAUGGCUCUUUAUCCUAAACUGCUCACUGAUUUACUGUCUGAAAUUCAGGUCAUUUCUUUCGAAUUCUGCAUAUUUCAAUCAUUUUGCAUUUAUACAUAUGGUGCUUCAGAGUUUACACUCUUAUCAGCCAUGGCCUAUGACAGAUAUGUGUCCAUCUGUAAACCAUUACAAUAUAAUUCAAUUGUAAAAAUGUCCACUGUUAAAAUACUUUUAUUUUGCUGUUGGUUUCUUCCUUGUUGUGAAGUAGGCAUUGGUUCAAUAUUAACAUAUCAACGUAAACUAUGUAAAUUCAAGUUAAAUAGAAUUUACUGUGAUGACAGUUCAAUGAUUAAGUUGGCCUGUGGAGAUUUUUCUGUAAGUUAUAUAUUUGGACUUGUUAUUUUAAGUAUUGUUGUGUUUCCUCCAUUGAUUUUUGUGUUUUUCUCAUAUAGCAGAAUACUUUCAGUCUGUUUAAUGAAUCCAAAAGAUUUCAGAAGAAAAGCCAUACAAACAUGUUUACCACAUCUUGUAGUUUUCACAACUCUCUCAAUUACAGCAUGCUUUAUAAUUAUACAUCCUAGAUUGGAAGGAAACAUGCCACAUGUGUUUAGCAUGAUCAUGUCAGUGGAAAUUCUAGUUAUUCCUCCUUUAUUAAAUCCAAUUAUAUAUGGCCUGAAACUGAAGCAGAUUUUAAAUAGAAUUAAAAAAAUAAUUUUGAAAAGAAAAACAUCUAUAUGUCAUGAGAUUAUUAAACACAAUUCUACAUGUAUUCAAUAA